AGAGCACCGUCUCCUGGCUGGAGCGGCGGGAUGCUGGGCGCGCUCAGUGUCGGGCCCAAGGGGGAGCCGGCAGCAAGCAACGCCCGGCUGCUGCCGAGUUAACAACUGCAUGCGGGGCUACACUGGGUGUGCAAAACAUGGGGAAGAAAAGAGGUGAGCGUCUUUCAAUGGGGGGCGGGGGGAGAGAUGUUAGGGUUAAAGCUGUCCGGGAUUAUUGCCCUGUGAAGGAUACCGGUGUAGAGCCUCCAUAUUCAGAGGAAAUCUACCUCUGCAGAAACCAUGCAGAAACCAUGCGAAAUCCUGAGUACAGUGGUACCUUGGGUUACAGACGCUUCAGGUUACAGAUGCUUCAGGUUACAGACUCCGCUAACCCAGAAAUAGUACCUCGGGUUAAGAACUUCGCUUCAGGAUGAGAACAGAAAUCGUGCUCUGGCGGUGCAGUGGUUUUAGCUAAAGUGGUGCUUCAGGUUAAGAACAGUUUCAGCUUAAGAACGGACCUCCGGAACGAAUUAAGUUCUUAACCCGAGGUACCACUGUAUCUCUUUCUGAACUUUGGGUGGCCACUGGUUAGAUAAAGGUAAAGGUAAAGGGACCCCUGACCAUUAGGUUUAGUCGUGGAGGACUCGGGGGUUGCAGCGCUCAUCUCGCUUUAUGGGCUGAGGGAGCCAGCGUACAGCUUUCGGGUCAUGUGGCCAGCAUGACUAAGCCGCUUCUGGUGAACCAGAGCAGUGCACGGAAACGCCGCCAGAGUGGUACCUAUUUAUCUACUUGCACUUUGAUGUGCUUUCGAACUGCUAGGUUGGCAGGGGCAGGGACCGAGCAACGGGAGCUCACCCCGUCGCGGGGAUUUGAACCACUGACCUUCUGAUGGGCAAGCCCUAGGCUCUGUUGUUUAGACCACAGCGCCAAACCACAGUUUGUUGGACUACAACUCCCAUCAUCCAUAGCCGGCUGAAGUAGGUUUUAAGGCCAAGGGAGACCUGCAAUAAAGUGUUGCUGCCUUGAGUGCCUCUACUCUCCCAUUCUCUGGUUCCCCCGCCCUUCCAACAGUCAAAUCAGCAUCCCAUGAUCCCCGAGCACACAUAUAUCUCUUUUGCGCUUUGGGUGGAUCCUCCAAAAGGAUUUUUUUUCUACUUCUGCAAAUCUUGGGGUUCAACCCAGCCUGUGGUUGCUUGUUAUUGUGUAUGGUUGAUGCUGUUUUACCUUCUACAGUGGUACCUCGGUUUAAGAACAGCCCUGUUUAUGAACGAUUUGGUUUACAAACUCCGUAAAACCGGAAGUAGUGUCCCGGUUUGCAAACUUUACCUUGGUCUAAGAAUGGAAGCUGAACAGUGGAAGGGUACCGGCAACUGGAGGCCUCAUUAGGGAAAGUGCACCUCAGUUUGAGAAUGGUUUCAGUUUAAGAAUGGACUUCCGGCAUGGAUUAAGUUCGUAAACCAAGGUACCACUGUAUAUGGAUUGGCACUUGGAUACCUGAUUGCUAUGAUGGGAGUUUAGUGUGUUCCUGGAUAUGAAGACUCUAAUAGGCAAGAUUGAGGCUCUCUUAAUCCAGACCCUCACUACAGGGAAAUUCGGGUUGUGAAACAAACUUGUUUCCCCACCUCUUCUCCACUCCAAAAUAAACCAACCACCCAGACAAGGAAAGUAAAGGAUGAUGAUUGCUUGACAUUAUAUUCUUCAACUGAAAAAAUAUCUGAGUAAACGCUCAAUAAUAAUGACUGUCACAUAAUCUCCUUGGAAAUGUUUAUAAGAAUGAUUGAAUGCUUAGUAAACGCGUCAUCUCGAAGUCACCUGAAAGAAGAAUUUCCUGGAAAAUAAAAGCUGAGUUUACAUUACCCUGAAUUAUUUCCCCUUGGGCUACAAUUAAGUAAAAUCUGUUGAAUUCUAGUAGGUAGAAAUAUUGAUUUUUAGAGCUCUAUAACAUUUCCCAAGAAGAUUUGUUCUAUGUUACACUUGAGGAUUGCUUAUAGACCCACAAGGAAGCUGUGCUUGUCUUUUGAGGUUGUUCUCUCUUCCCAAACAUAGGAAAGCAUUCACACUAAUUCACUUUAAUGUUCUCUCUUUUUCUGUUAAAACAGAUCUGAUGACAUUCUCUAUCACUAUUGUCUAUAUCCAUGUGUUAGUGAAGAGUUAGUUUGGAUGUUCCUUUCAUUAAAAGAAACACAAAAGGACAAAUAAAUCUGUUUCUUUUGACUCUAUAAAAAUUGUAUUAUGGCCACAGAUACAUAAUUUUCAGAAUCAGCUGCAAAGUUUGUGUUCCAAACUUUAAAAGAUUCAUAAGCAACUCUAAAACUUUGUCACAAACUUUUUUAACAAUUAAAAGAACGUAUAUUUACAGGGCUGUCUUAUAUAUUUGAGUCUCUCUUCUUGCACGGAAUCUAAACAUUUGUUUUGGAAUUUGAAAGUCUCUGUGUGGAUUUUUAAUACACCUGAACCAAAAACCAUUCUGAUACAGUGGUACCUCGGGUUACAUAUGCUUCAGGUUACAUACGCUUCAGGUUACACACUCCGCUAAUAAAGAAAUAGUGCUUUAGGUUAAUAAUUUUGCUUCAGGAUGAGAAUAGAAAUCGUUCAGCGGUGGCGCAGCAGCAGCAGGAGGCCCCAUUAGCUAAAGUGGUGCUUCAGGUUAAGAACAGUUUCAGGUUAAGAAUGGACCUCCAGAACGAAUUAAGUACUUAACCUGAGGUACCACUGUGCAGUUUUCUCCCUCUGCCCCAACCACUACUAGCCAUUGAAAACAUUCUGUGUACACGGGAUACUUCUCGUGUGUGCUUGCUCCCUUUCCCUGCACAACCCGUUGUUCAUUGGUAUUCACCUACCCUGUGUUCCUGACCUAUGAUUGGGUUGCAAUCUGACUGAAGCAAAACCAGCAUUGCCACUUACCCUUCCUUUUAAAAAGGUUUUUAAGAGGAGGAGAGAGAAAACCUCUCUCUGCCUUCGGGACAUCUUUAUGCAGCGCACAGUUCAACUAUGGAACACAGUAGUGGGCACCAACUUGGACGGCUAAAAACAUUAGGAUUAGACAAAUACAUGGAGGAUAAGGCUUAUCAGUAGCUGCUAAAGCUGAUGGCGAUGAUCUACCUUCACUUUCAGAGGCUGAAUACCAGUUUUGGGGAAAUUGUAGGAGGGGAGGGGACUGUUGGGUUCAAGUGAUGCUUGCAGGCUUCUUCUCGUAGGCAACUGGUUGGCCACUGUGACAACAGGAUGCAGGAGUAGAUGGGCCCUUGGCUUGAUCCAGUAGGUUCUUCAUUUUAAUUAAUUAAUAAACAUUUUAUUGGCAUCACAUACAAACAUCCAAAACAAAUCAGUACAGAAUUACCACUUCCCCAGUGGCAAAAAACAUUUGCUAAAAGAAAGGAGGCAGAACAGUCUAUCGUCACAUCUCUUGGUCUCCAGGGAGAUCAGACGUCUGCAGUGUAUUUCGACGACAAAAAACCAAAUAGAGAUAUUUAGCCACUAACUUGGUGAGCUCUUGGUCAUUCCCCAGUAAUAGAAAAUGUAUGACCUUCAACUCUGGUUUCCAUUUGGGGAUACAGAGUUGAUCUAGAAAUUGCUGGCAGAGAUCAGCAUGUAGUUUACAAUUGAGAACCAUAUGUGUAAGGGUUUUCACCAGGUGGUCUUCACAUGGGCAAGUUCUUUCUCCUUCCACCCUGCCUGAGAACCUUCCCCAAAGGAGGUUGGAUGGAUUUGAAUUAAACCUGGCCAGCGAAAAUGCCCUUCUUUCUUGAGUAGCAGAAAUUCAAGGUAAUUGUGGCUAGUUUCAUGCGCCCAAGAAAGUUGAAAAUAAAAAGGGGAGCAUGUUUUCUCUGCUGCUACUGUAAGUUCUUGGCGUUAAUAUCCCACAACCUAGUUUUUAUUAUAGCCUUGGCAGAUGGUAGGGACAUCAUAUGUUCCUAUCUAGUUUUGAGGAUGGAUUCCUGUGGGAAACACAGGCUAAAGCUUAUUUUUACUUCUGUCUGAUUUUAUAGGAGGCUGGAGAAAAUUUUUCUGUUGUACUGGCCCACCGGAAACGCAGUCUUCAACAUGGUGAGCUACACCUCCCUUUUCGUAGUGAACGCAAGGGAACCAUGUACGCCCUUUGGAUGUUUGGCCCAGGCAUGAGAUGUAUGUCUCAUUGAUAGAGAACAGGAAUUUAGUGAAUGUAUCAACCCAUUAUAUGGGUUUCAUCAAACUGCUUGCCAGUUAAAACUCAUACCCACUGUAGGGUAUGGAGAGCUUGUUGAAGAGCAAGUCACCCAGUUGCAUAUAUUUUGCAUAAACUAUUCACCCCAGGUGAGAACAAUGGAGCUGAACAAUGCAUGCUUGAAGGAGGUGACUUAUUUGAGGCAAGUGUUGCUCUUCAUUGUGACACUGGCUUGUGCAACCUCAAAAAUGCAAAUACUGCCCAGUAAAACUGAGGACCUCUGUGUAGUGCGUUGUGUGUCUGCAAUAGCAGGCAAGAACACUAGCAAUCAGAUUGGGUUGAAGUUACAUUUGUAAGAGAGACAUAGUGGGUUUUCCACCAAUGAUGGCCAACAGUGUUGCUGGGAGUCAUCAGGACCAUAGGGCAAGUUGGAGCAAUUCCGAAUGGCCUGCAUUUAUGGAUGAAAUUGUUCUGACUUGGGCAUCAUAUAAAAUACAUAUAUAGGUCUGGCUAUGACUACGGUCCCCUCUUAUCCCCCACUUUAAGGAAAUAUUUUCACAUCCGUCAAUACGGAUUGAUUGAUUGAGGUUGAAUCCUGACAAGACAGAAGUACUGUUCUUGGGGGACAGGGGGCGGGCUAGUGUGGAGGACUCCCUGGCCCUGAAUGGGGUAACUGUGCCCCUGAAGGACCAGGUGUGCAGCCUGGGAGUCAUUUUGGACUCACAGCUGUCCAUGGAGGCGCAGGUCAAUUCUGUGUCCAGGGCAGCUGUUUAUCAGCUCCAUCUGGUACGCAGGCUGAGACCCUACCUGCCCACAGACUGUCUCGCCAAAGUGGUGCAUGCUCUGGUUAUCUCCCGCUUGGACUACUGCAAUGCGCUCUACGUGGGGCUACCUUUGAAGGUGACCUGGAAACUACAACUAAUCCAGAAUGCGACAGCUAGACUGGUGACUGGGGGCGGCCGCUGAGACCACAUAACACCGGUCUUGAAAGACGUACAUUGGCUUCCAGUACGUUUCUGAGCACAAUUCAAAGUCUUGGUGUUGACCUUUAAAGCCCUAAACGGGCUCGGCCCAGUAUACCUGAAGGAGCGUCUCUACCCCCAUCGUUCUGCCCGGACACUGAGGUCCAGUGCCGAGGGCCUUCUGGUGGUUCACUCACUGCGAGAAGCAAAGCUACAGGGAACCAGGCAGAGGGCCUUCUCGGCAGUGGCGCCCGCGCUGUGGAACGUCCUCCCAUCAGAUGUCAAAGAGAUAAACAACUACCUGAUAUUUAGAAAACAUCUGAAGGCAGCCCUGUUCAGAGAAGUUUUUAAUGUGUGACAUUUUGAUGUAUUUUUAAUCUUUGUUGGAAGCUGCCCAGAGUGGCUGGGGAAACCCAGCCAGAUGGGUUGGGUACAAAUAAUAAAUUAUUAUUAUUAUUAUUAUAUAAUACAUAUUAAAGUUUUGGUUACUAUCGUUGUCUGUCCUACAAGCCCUGAAAUUAUUUGUUGCCUUGUGUCUUUUAGCCUUAAUAUCGCUUCGUCUGAGCAAUUUAAGCCUCCCUCAGAGCUAGACCCCUCGGAACCAGACCCCUCAGAGAUAGAGCCAGACCAGGACCCGGUAAUUCAUUCUAUAUCUUCAUUAUAUUGCCAUCCCUAAUUCAGAUGGACUGCUUAGAGAACAUUUGUUUCAGGUGGUAUACAGAUAUAGUUGUUCAUACCAACACAUUUGAGGGAGGUGUGUUAAUUUGUGGUGGACAAACGGCAAGGCGUCUUCUGGUACCUUUGAGAUUUAAAAGAUUUGUUGCACUGGGGGGUCACCAACCUUUUUGGCCCAUUUUGAGAAGUUACAAAAUGGCCAUCAUGGCUGGGUGGGGUGGGGUUGCAACGUAAAACACUAUGGCUGGGGGAGGCAUGGCAUAACACAAAAUUAGACACUGCAGUCCUUAAUGUCCACACACCCCACGCCCCAUCGCAGGACAACAUCCUGGUUACUGUGGGAAGUCAGGUGUGUGCUGAUGGUCUCGGUUGUGGAGGUGACACUGUACUGAUUCCCCACCUGCCCACAAUGACACCGUAUUAUAAAACUGCAGGUUAUUGCAAUAAUACUGCCGUUGUUCUUAUCUGUUUACAGUUUAUCCAAUAAACCAUUUCCAUUCUUUUAUAAAAAGUUUGUUAUAUUGAUUUCUUAUUUUUCUGGUAAGUUUUGCCAUUUCUGCAUAUCCUGUAAGUUUUUGUAUCCAUUCUUCUUAUUUGGGAUUUCUUCUUCUUUCCAUUUUUGGGCAAGGAACAUUCUUGCUGCUGUAAUCGCAUAAAUGAAUAAAUUUCUAUACAACUUGGGUAGUUCUGUCCCUAUAAUUCCCAAAAGGAAGGCUUCUGGGUGUGUUUUUUUGUUUUGUUUUUUUACAAACGUUAUUUUAAACAUCUUUUUCAAUUCAUUAUAUAUAAUUUACCAGUAAGAUUAAACCUUACUACAAGACCACCACAUAUAAUAAAAAGAAUGUUCUUUACAUUUCCAACACUUAUUUGAUUUAGAUUUAUACAUUUUUGCCCCUUAACUCUGUGUCAGAUACCACUGAUAUAUUAUAUUCAUAUAUUUUUCUACCACUGCAUCAGUUUUAGGCCUCGUCAAUUGCCAUGGCUUUCUGCAAAGCAUACAGUGGGUUGUAGAGGAUGAAGGCUGAAGCUAGAUAGGAUUUCUCAGGGAGAGGGAAUAUCCAUAGUGUGUAUAUGCUCAGUACUGACACGACUGCUUAGCUCUUUUUGGUUGCUAAAUCACCAGUUCAGUGCAGCGUAAAAAGAAUAGUAGCAUUUAUGUGUGCUAUGGGUAGGAGUGUUAGGAUUCUUCCUCCGUGCUUGCAGUCAUGGGAUUGUUGUCUAUCACACGACGGUGUAUGUUUUCAUUCCACAGUGUGGGAAGUGACGGAGACAGGAUGUUUUGUACUACUGUGUUCCGGAAUGUAGGACUAUUGUCCUUUGUUUCUUUCUCUUUGCUGUCUGAUGAGAAAGAGGAAGGAGCUAAGUCAGAACGCUCCGAGUGUAUUAUAUGUAAAUAAAAGUAGAUUAGCCAAAAUGCUGAGCUAUUGAGUCUGUUAUGCGAACUGCAGAUACUCUGCAGGAUCCCUAAGCUUGCUAAUGCCUCUUGGUAUCAGUCGCUGUGAUGUUCAGGUUGGAGAAAGCUUUUGAAGCUCCCGAACGAUCGACCAGGAAGGAGAGAACAUGCCAGUAGGGCAUGUGUCUCUGUCAGGGUCCUACAUGCGAGUAGGACGAUCCUAAAAAGGAGAGGAUAUAUUAAUAGCAAUUUAUCCCUCCAGGCUCCCACAUGUGUGGGUUCAACAGAGUUUCCAAGUCCUAUACUUGGCAGUAAAACUAAAAGCAUAGGAAUUAGGCUGUAAAAACCUUGUUUUGAGCAAGUCCAGCUAUGAAGUAAGCUGGCUUCCCUCCUCUUAAGGUAAAGACCCCUCCUCUUAAGGUAAAGACCCCUGACCAUUAGGUGCAGUCGUGACCGACUCUGGGGUUGCGGCGCUCAUCUCGCUUUAUUGGCCGAGGGAGCCGGUGUACAGCAUGUGGCCAGCAUGACUAAGCCGCUUCUGGCGAACCAGAGCAGCGCACGGAAACACCGUUUACCUUCCCGCUGGAGCGGUACCUAUUUAUCUAUUUGCACUUUGAUGUGCUUUCGAACUGCUAGGUUGGCAGGAGUCCUUCCUCUUACCCUGCUUAAUAAAGAACCAGGCAACAACUUUCCAGAGAUGGAAAGAAGAUAAAGUUCCUACCAGAGAAGAAUGGCAGAUGAAGUUGGUGGACCAUACUGAAAUGGCUAAAAUGACCGGAAGAAUCAGAAAUCAGGAAGACCAAAAUUUUAAUACGGAAUGGGGAAAAUUUAUAAUUUAUCUUAAAAGACCACUGUAAACAAUUAAAAUUGUUAGUAGGAUUGGAAUAUCACUUGUAGUUUAAGGGUGAAUUCUGGAUACAGUGGAGAUGUAAAAGAUUUGGAUCAUCAUAAAAGAUGCAUAAAUGAUUAAUAAUAGGACCCACAAAGGGGAGGAUGGAAGUCCAGGAGAUUCCUUGGAAUCUUGUUUUUAUGAUUCAUGUUUGAUAUAUCUCUGUGAAAUUUUAACUUGAGAAACCAAAUAAAUAUUUUUUUAAAAAAAUCAGACAACAACUUGUAAAAUAAGUGUAAAAGUAAGAUUUACUUUAUAAUCAUGCAUUGGUUCCAUCAGGAAUAACUAUGCAGGCAAAAUAUUAUGGUAUAACCAGCUUCAGGCAUGUGUCAGCUUCAGAGCAUCCAACUCUGGUCAAAGGAAGAGUGAGAGGAACAGGAAGUGCUAUAUGCUCCUUCCUCUCCAGGAGAGGAAGGGGAAAUGACAUCACACAGAGUCCUCUCUACCAGUUGUAUUUCUAUGGUCUAUCUACCUAUCAGCAAUACGGCUCUGUGGACUUAGCCCCUUCUGAUGCUAACUAGCAAGAAUAUGCAUCUGUCAGGUUGGGCUGCCAAUUUCUCACAUUAUGUUCUUCCCCUCUCUCACCCAUCCUAAGGGCUUUCAAGUAAUGCAUCUGGUUAAGAGCCCAGACCCCUGCCUGCCUAUCAGCAAAAAGGGUGUCUCUUUAACUUCGUAAGUCAACUCUUAUUUUGAAUGUAAGGUGUCGGUGGUCAUACACACAUACUAUUUCUUUCCCCAAACAGGAAGAUGGCUUGUAUGUUGAGAAUGAGAUACAAACUUCGAAAGUGGAUAUCCCAGAAGGAAAUAGGUGGAGGUGGUCUCGAUUACACAAAGAAGUAGAGCAGCAAACCUCAAGGAUGGCUGUACUCAUUCCAGAGAUAGAGACAUCAUCCGAGGCAGACGUUCAGGUCCAAACCUCGUUUUCGAGCCUACCAAGAGGAAGGGAGGCCCAGGCGCAAACUUCAUUUCUCUCCCUGCGGUCUCCAACCCCAGUGGAAAAUGACGCUCAAGUGCAAACGUCAUUUAUGGAAUUGCCAAGAGAGGCGGAAGCUCAGGUCCAAACAUCCUUGCUUUCGUUACCUGGGGAAAAGGAGAUGCAUGCCCAAACCUCGUUUAGCUCGUUGCCAGAAAGGAGGUCUGUGGCAUCUUUUGCAGGAUCUGCCCAGUCCUCUUCCUCCUAUCUAGAGUUGUUGGAGAAGUUUCCCUCUCUGCCCAUGUUAUCUGAGGCGCAGGUGCAGACCUCACAUCUUGACAUAAGAGUUCCUUCGGAGAUAGACAUCCAGUUGCAGACUUCAUUUUCGGACUACAUGUCAGAAAGAGAGUACGCAUCCUCCUCUGAGCUUCAGAGUAAGCUAUCACCCCAGUCAUCAGUGAUAGAACAAAGCAUGAUAUAUCCCGUAUAUAUUGAUACUGGGGUACAAACUUUACCUGUGGAAAUACCACCCGGCAACGACUGGCGUUCUGCGCGGUUAAAUACUGCGGCCCAGGUGCAAACGUCCUUUGCUUCGAUGACAGAACAACGGCCAAUGCUUGGGUUAGGAAAAGACAAGGAGACAGCAGGAGAAGUGGAAUCCCUUUUUUCCAUAGAAGAGGCACCUCUGCCUUUUGAACGGACUGAAAGAGCUAUGCAGACAUCUGAGACAUUGCUUCGGCAGUGGAGGAAAUGGCAUUCAUUACAGCCACAAACUGAUGCACAGGUGCAAACCUCCACCAUUGAACUGCUAAAGAAGCUUUCUUUGCUAUCCCGGAUUCAGAGCAUGGAAUCAGCUUCCCGUGCUGAGUUACUAAAGAAAGCUUCCUCCCUGUCAGUGGGUGAACCCCACAUGCAAACUUCAAGUCCUGAAUUACUGAGGAAGGCUUCUUCUUGGUCAAACUCUGGGGUCCAAGACCAGAUCUUAAGUGAUGAGCUGCUGAAGAAGCGUCCAUCUUCGGCACAAGUGCUUAGAACCUCAGAUUAUGAACUGGCAAGGUUGUUAUCUCCCAAGUCAACAACCAAGGAGGCCCAGAUACAAACAUCUGAGGUAGAACUCAUUAAUAAACUUUUGUCAGAUAGGUCAACAGACACUCUCUUCCGAAAGUCCUCUUCUGCGUCAUAUAUCAAACCCCAGGAGAGGACCUCAGACACUGAUUUCCCAAAGUCCCAUUCUGCAUCAUUUGCAAAAACUCCGGAGAAGAUAUUGGACAGUGAUUUCCAAAGCUACACUUCCAUGUCACAUGCUGAACCCCAGAAGAGGGUAUCAGACACUGAUUUUCAAAAGUACUCUUCUUUGUCAUUGAUUGAGGGUGGGGAUGAUAAUCAAGAAGCUUUAACAGAAGGGAAGGAGCACCUUAUUACCCCACAGGUGAUGGAAGCUCAGAUCCGUAAAUGGUAUCAUGAACUCCCAGAAGUUCAGACAUCAGCCUCUCAAAAAGAGCCUCGUUGGACGCCAACAAUUGACAGUGAGGUACAAACAUCACAUGUUGAAAUACCAUAUGGAAACAAGUGGCGUGAAUCACGUUUGCAAACCGAAGCUCAGGUGCAGACUUCAGGGCUUAAAGUACCUGUGGAAAAAGCGGAAUCCUUUCCCCAACUGCAGAAGGCUAACCAGACCCAAACAUCCUUGCUUGAAAUAUGGCGAGCAAGAGAGUUAGCUGAAGCCCAGAACCAGACUUGCGGCUUCGAUGAAGCCGAACCAGAGGAGUUCCCUCACGCGUUACUAGUUGAUAGCCACGCACAAACAUCAGAUUUUGACUUUUGGAAAGCAAAGGAACAAAUGGAUAUUGAAUCACAGACUUCAGUAGACAAAAUUCUACAGCAAGGGAUCAGGCCUUCUCCCACUGAACAGGUUGACAAGCUUGUGCAGACAUCUUUUCUUGAUCUGGGGAAAUCAAAAGACUACAUGCAGCAGAAGGCAUCUGAGACAGACUUAACGGAGCCUGAAAGAACGUAUUUCACCCCAUUACAAAGUGACUUGGAAGUGGAGACUGAUACUCAGGCACAACGCUCCAUCUCUGAUUUCCUAGAGGCACAAAAAGAGCCGCCUCUGGCGCAACAAACCAAUGCUGAGGUGCAAACCUCAAAUGUCGAAAUACCUGCGGGGAGCUUGUGGCGUUCAUCACGCUUGCAUUCUGAUGUUCAACAGCAAACUUCACUGGAAUUUGACGAGGAAGAAUCAGAAGCUUUUCCCUCAUCACAAAAGGACAUUCAGUCACAAACCUCCCUUCUUGACAUAUGGAAGGCAAAACAGCUCCAUGAUGCCCAGAUCCAAACUUCUUGGAUGGAUUUCCCAACAGAUGUGGAAGAUCCUUUUCUCUCACCACAGUCUGAAAGCCCAUCUGACUACUUCAUGCCUGAGGAAGAACAGUCUCCUCCACCUGCCCUAUUGGAUGCUCAGAUGCAAACCUCCCUCCUUGACAUUUGGAAGGCAAAAGAACUCCAUAAUGCCCAGAAGCAAACUUCUUGGAUAGAUGUGCCAGAUCCCAUGGAAGAACCUUUUCUCCCACCACAGUCUGAAAGCCCAAUUGAGCCACCUAUGCUUGAGAUGGAAGAGGCUCCUCCUCUAGCCAGAAUGGACAACCAGGUGCAAACCUCCUUCUCUGACAGGUGGUGGAAGAAAGAACGAGUGGACGCUGAGAUGCAAAGUUCCCUGGCAGAUUUGCCACAGGGCAACAAGGUCGUGCCUCUUCUCCCACCACAGUCUGAAAGCCCAAUUGAGUCAGUUGAGCUUGAGAUAAAAGAGGGUCCUCCUCCAGCCAGAAUGGAAAACCAGGUGCAAACCUCCUUCUCUGACAUAUGGCGGAAAAAAGAACGAGCGGACGCUGAGAUGCAAAGUUCCUUAGCAGAUUUGCCACAAGUCACCAAGGUCGUGCCUCUCCUACCAGAAAGUCCAAUUGAGCCAGCUGUGGUUGAGAUAAAAGAGGCUCGUCCUCCAAGUAGAAUGGAUAACCAGGUGCAAACCUCCUUCUCUGACAUAUGGCGGAAAAAAGAACGAGCGGACGCUGAGAUGCAAAGUUCCCUGGCAGAUUUGCCACAAGUCACCAAGGUGGUGCCUCUGCUACCACAGCCUGAAAGCCCAACUGAGACACCUGAGCUUGAGAUAAAAGAGGCUGCUCCAGAUUGCAGAAUUGACAACCAGGUGCAAACCUCCUUCUCUGACAUAUGGCGGAAAAAAGAACGAGCGGACGCUGAGAUGCAAAGUUCCUUAGCAGAUUUGCCACAAGUCACGAAGGUGGUGCCUCUGCUACCACAGCCUGAAAGCCCAACUGAGCCAGCUGUGGUUGAGAUAAAAGAGGCUGCUCCUCCAACCAGAAUGGAAAACCAGGUGCAAACCUCCUUCUCUGACAUAUGGCGGAAAAAAGAACGAGCGGAUGCUAAGAUGCAGAGUUCCCUGGCAGAUUUGCCACAAGUCACCAAGGUGGUGCCCCUCCUACCACAACCUGAAAGCCCAACUGAGCCAGCUGUGGUUGAGAAAGAAGAGGCUGCUCCUUCAGCCAGAAUGGAAAACCAGGUGCAAACCUCCUUCUCUGACAUAUGGCGGAAAAAAGAACGAGCGGAUGCUAAAAUACAAAGUUCCCUGGGAAAUUUGCCACAGUCUGAAACCCCAAUUGAGCCAGCUGUGGUUGAGUUAAAAGAGGCUCCUCCGGCUUGCAGAAUUGACAACCAGAUGCAAACCUCCUUCUCUGACAUAUGGCGGAAAAAAGAACGAGCAGAUGCUAAGAUGCAAAGUUCCCUGGGAAAUUUGCCACAGUCUGAAACCCCAAUUGAGCCAGCUGUGGUUGAGUUAAAAGAGGCUCCUCCGGCUUGCAGAAUUGACAACCAGAUGCAAACCUCCUUCUCUGACAUAUGGCGGAAAAAAGAACGAGCGGAUGCUGAGAUACAAAGUUCUCUGGGAGAUUUGCCACAGGUCACCAAGGUGGUGCCCCUCCUACCACAGUCUGAAAGCCCAAUCGAGCCAGCUGUGGUUGAGAUAAAAGAGGCUGCUCCUCCAGGCAGAAUGGACAACCAGGUACAAACCUCCUUCUCUGACAUAUGGCGGAAAAAAGAACGAGCUGACGCUGAGAUGCAAAGUUCCCUGGCAGAUUUGCCACAAGGCACCAAGGAGGUGCUUCUCCCAUCACAAGCUGAAAGCCCAAUACAGUCACCCAUGCCUGACUCAGUAGAUACAGCUCCUGAAUUUCCUCCCCCAAUUGAACCUAAGGAGCCAACUUCCUUACCUGAAAUGCCUGAGACGAUGAAGCCAGUGGAUGUUCCAAAGUCACUUCCCCCAUCACCAAGUGACAGCAAGGACCAGACCUCCCAGCCUGAUAUGCAGACUCCAGAAGAAUUACCCAUAGCGCAGGAGAAGUCUUCGAAGACCAGUUUGGCAAGUGCCAAAGUUGUAACUCCUGUCUCAUCACACACGUCUUUGAGCCCUGUUCCAUCACAAACUGCUGUCUCUCCCACCCACUCUCGCACUGCUGUCUCUCCUGCCCUCUCUCGCACUGCUGUCUCUCCCACCCACUCUCGCACUGCUGUCUCUCCUGCCCUCUCUCGCACUGCUGUCUCUCCCGCCCACUCUCGCACUGCUGUAUCUCCUGCCCUCUCUCGCACUGCUGUCUCUCCCGCCCACUCUCGCACUGCUGUCUCUCCUGCCCACUCUCGCACCGCUGUCUCUCCUGCCCACUCUCGCACCGCUGUCUCUCCUGCCCUCUCUCACACUGCCUCUCCCUCUCACUCUCGCACUGCUGUCUCUCCUGCCCUCUCUCGCACUGUCUCUCCUGCCCUCUCUCGCCCUGCUGCCUCUCCAGCUUCCUCCCAUCCCGCUGUUUCUCCUGUCCCACCAUACACUCCUGCAUCUCCUGCCGCAUCAGAAAUUCCCAGCCCAGUUCGACCACCCUCACCUGCAUCGCUGUACGCAGAGGAGCAGCACUCUGACCUCGCAGAGCAGAAAAGAGCUUCGAUGGAAAAAACACUGCUGGAAUUAUGGAGCACACGAGAGGAGGCCGAGGUUCAAAAGCAAACUGACCAACUUCAGCUUCACCUCGAGGAUUUGCCUUUAUUCCCAAAGCUGGAAGACAGCCAGGUGGAGAUUUCAGAGGUGACAAAACCUGAAGGGAAGAAACCAAAACAAGUGUCUAAAGUGCCGAAAAAGUCGAAAGCUCCUGCGUUUGCUGAGGCCCAGGUCCAGACCUCGUUUGUCGAAAUACCCCGGGGGAAGAAAUGGCGUGCAUCUCGCAUAUUUGCUGAGGCCCAAGUCCAGACUUCUUUUCAAGACCUCCAUGUGAAAGAAAGGGCCCCGGUUUUGCGUGAUCACGUGGCAGCCAAAAGGUAGGAGACGAAUACUGCUGUGCUGUGAUGGUUUUCAUUUCCGUUCUGCGGUCUACCUCAGCUUCAGAGGUUGACAGCUGAAGCACAUGAGUAGAAACCUGCUACUGCUUCACCAUUUGAAGUGGAAGGUGGGCUCCCCGUGUUAAUUGCUCCCUGUACAGUGGUACCUCGGGUAACAUAUGCUUCAGGUUACAUACACUUCAGGUUACAGACUCCGCUAACCCAGAAAUAGUACCGCGGGUUAAGAACUUUGCUUCAGGAUGAGAACAGAAAUCGUGCUCCGGUGGCACGGCAGCAGCAGGAGGCCCCAUUAGCUAAAGCAGUGCUUCAGGUUAAGAACAGUUUCAGGUUAAGAACAGACCUCUGGAAUGAAUUAAGUACUUAACCCGAGGUACCACUGUACAUACAAAGCUGGAGCAUUGGGGAGAGGUUUUAAAGCAAGCUUCAGUGGCAUAGCCAGAGGGGCCGUGGCAUCGGGCACAACAUUCUGAGAGGGUGCAACCAGGUGUCCCCACGUAGGCGCCGGCUUCCAUGGGGAUCCUUGUCCCGACGAAAGUGGCAGAGCAACCUAGUUCCACAGUGAGCAGGCACAGACAGGGAGGCAGGCAAGGCAUAGCUCCUUUCCGUGGGCGUUGGAGGGAUUUGCCCGUUAGCACAUAGUUGCCUUCUUGCCUUAUUAAUUGCUGUGUACCAUAUCACUGCCUGAGGCAAAACAGGAAUGUGCUGCACAUGUUGUGCGCCACUGCCCCCUUCCCUCCUUCCCCCUUUCUGGGGUCGCACAUCAGCGGCUUCCAGGAUCCGGCGAGAUCUUGCAAGAGCCCUGCGAGAUUGUGCAAGGCCUCUGUGUAAUUUUGCGGGGCUCCCGUGGGGAUCCCGCCGGAAGUGUUGCCUUGCUCCUCGGGCCGUGGGGGCAAUAGAGCACCCCGCCAAGAAAUGUCAAAACUGUCUUCAAAAACUUAAGAGUUCUGCUUUGAAAUAGCAAAGUUUUUGCAUCUCUGCUGGCUCUAGCAGGUCUGACCUGAUCUUUUUUAAAAAAUAAAUAAAUGCAUUAACAGUGGAUGAAAACUGGGAGUUGUACAACAGAAAGUUGUACAGAUGCCCCAACAAAAAUAUGUGCCUGGGAUACUGCAAAUAUGCUAACAGCUGGUGUGGAAGUCCCCCCCACCCCACUUUAGAUAGGUUGUCCUGUGAGUAGACAGAAAGCAAUGAAAUCUGAACAGGAAACUUAAAGGCAAAGAGACCUGGGAAAUCUCAGGAGGACUUAGUAGGAAUACAAUGAGUUGACAAUGACACUGUCUGGAUUCCCCAUAAAAACUGAGUGUUUUAUUAUGUUCAUUCCAGACUAAACUGCUAGUGUGGAAGCUUCCCUUGUAAGGCAAUUGGAUGGAUCCAGAUUAAGUGAGUCGCAUUUAGUUCCCACUGAAAUCAACAGGUUCUUAACUUCAGUUGGUGCAAAAUUUAGCAGCUAGGUUGCUCCCCGGGACAAGAUGGUUUGAUCAUAUUACACAGACCCUGGUCUGACCACACUGGCUGCCAAUUAGUUUCCAGGCCCAAUUCAAAGUGCUGGUUCUGACCUACAAACCCUUAAAUGGUUAAAGACCGUAGUACCUCAAGGACCGCCUUUCCCCAUAGGAACCAACCUGGACCUUGCAAUAAUAACCCAAGCCUUCUUUGUGAGCCUCCUUGUGCCCUCCAUCUUUCCCAACAUCAGGGUGUUUUCCAGGGAGUCUUCUCUUCUCAUGAGGUGGCCAAAGUAUUGGAGCCUCAGCUUCAGGAUCUGUCCUUCCAGUGAGCACUCAGGGCUGAUUUCCUUAAGAAUGGAGAGGUUUGAUCUCCUUGCAGUCCAUGGGACUCUCAAGAGUCUCCUCCAGCACCAUAAUCCCUGCCAAGAAAACUCCAUGGACAAGGACACAUUCUACUCAUGUAAAUGUCCACGGCUGGACCUAAUGGUCAGGGGUCCCUUUACCUUUACAUGAAAGGUCCGGAGGGUGGCAACAUGAGAACGGGCCUUUUCUGCGGUGGCUCCCCAUUUGUGGAAUGCUUUCCCCAGGAAGACUCGCCUGUUGCCUUCAUUACAUAUCUUUAAGUCCCAAGCAAAAGCACCCCCCUUCUCCCAGGCCUUUGGCUUAUUAAACAAUCUACAGCCUAUUAAACUGUGUGCGGGUGGAGUAGGGGGUUGUUACUGUUUUGUUUGUUAGUAUGCAAUGCAGUUUUGUGUUUUGGUAUAAUAAUAAAUAAAUCUUUAUUGUGGUCCAAAGACCCAUAGAACAAUUUCAGAACAAAAUACAGUUAAGACAGCCAACCACAAAAGAGAGAGAAACUGAGGCGGUCAUUUUGUUUUGUUUCAAGCUCGAUGGUCUUUGUUUCUUUUGACUUCAGAAAGAAACUUUGCCACAGCCAGUGUAAUAUCAUUAGACCUGUCAGCCAAAAGAUAUUUAAUAUGGGAGGCUUCAGAUUUUCCCAGCAGAUUUGCCAAUAGGGGUUUGAUCCCUUGCUUGCCCAUAAAAGGUAAAGGUAAAGGGUCCCCUGACCAUUAGGUCCAGUCAUGGCCGACUCUGGGGGUGCGGCGCUCAUCUCGCUUUAUUGGCCGAGGGAGCCGGCAUACAGCUUCUGGGUCAUGUGGCCAGCAUGACUAACCCGCUUCUGGCAAACCAGAGCAGCGCACGGAAACGCCGUUUACCUUCCCGCUGGAGUGGUACCUAUUUAUCUACUUGCACUUUGAUGUGCUUUCAAACUGCUGGGUUGGCAGGAGCAGGGACCGAGCAACGGGAGCUCACCCCGACGUGGGGAUUCAAACCGCCGACCUUCUUAUCGGCAAGCCCUAGGCUCUGUGGUUUAACCCAUAGCACCACCCACAUCCCUGCUUGCUCAUACUGCCCACAAUUGCUUUUAUAUUGUAAACUGCCCUGUGAUCCUCGGAUGACGGUAUAGAAAUGUAAUAAAUAAAUAAAAUCAUUUCAUUGGGACCAAAGUGUAGCUUCUUGUGGAUCCAUCCCAUUAGCCUCUCCCCAACCCCCACAACCACCAGAGAGUUGAAGGUGAGAAUUGAAAGAGAGAUCACCGUUUAUGCUGUGUUCAUGUGUUCCAUUCUUGUCUCUGAGUCAUGAGCCAGGAUAGCUCAGUUGGUUAGAACAUGGUGCCGAUAACGCCAGGGUUGCAGGUUCAUUCCCUGUAUGGGACAACUGCAUCUUCCUGCUUUGCAAUCAAUUGGACCAGAUGAGCCUCAGAGUCUCUUUCAACUCUACAGUUCUAUGAUUCUUUCCCCAACUAUUUUAAUAUUCCAUGCUUACAUGCUGGUGCUAAAUAGGUUUGGAGGGUCUUCAUAUUCUUUCAAAAAAAAGCAAAGCCUGUUUGGGCCAGAAAGCAACAGUGGGUUGAACGAAUUGUGACUGUUCACCAUGCAAAGGGGCUGCCCUCAAAAUGGUUAUCUGCCUACGAAAACCCUUCAUAAUGUUCCCUUUCAUUGUGUUUCAGGGUACCAAGGGGACCAAAGCGAGCAGCGCCAGUGUCCGUGCACUUACACGUAAAGAUGUCUCCAAAGCGUCAAACUAGCAAUGAAAAGAAAUAGUGAAUUCUUGAAUUUAAAGAAAUAAAAGAUUGCAAAAUACCAGAAACG